AGCUGAAAUGUACAUGAUUUACAAAUAUAAAAGAAAAUUAAAGUGACCCUUGUUCCUCUAGUUAAACCUGAGAUAUGCAGUGUUGAGAAAGAAUGCUUUGACAUUUGACACACCUAGUUGAAGGGCUGAUAAUGUUUGCCCAUUUGUGAAACCAUAAAUGACUACAGCUCCUCCUCUUUAGAUUUACCAAGAAACUGCAUUGAAGAUUGUCACUUGAGUUGCAUUUUAUCUGACAAGAGCAUGGCUUCUCUAAGGUUGCCACGUUGCAGAGCUCUAUUAUUUUUGAGGACCCUCUGUCUCAUCUCCAUGGGUAUGUGCCUUUUACUUUUACUUUUGAGAGAUGGCUCUGGCAGAGAGCCAUUGUCAGAUCAUGUGAUACCACUGCAAUUCUCUAUGGACCUGCCUGGAUGUUCAGCUAUCAUCACUGGAGACUUAGAGGGCAAGAAAAGUGAAGUAGAAGCACUUCUGACAUCAAAGAAAAAGACGAAAGUUUUAUCCACGGAUUUCUACCUUAAUGUAACGGAGGACUGCACAUCUUACAUUAACUGGAGAGGGUUCGUUACAGUGCCUUUCAGUCAUGAAGAAAGGGAUUUUCCUAUUGCAUAUUCCAUGGUGAUCCAUGACCAAGCGGAGAUGUUUGAGCGACUUCUUCGAGCAGUUUAUGCACCUCAGAAUGUCUACUGUGUGCACGUGGACCAAAAGUCCCCUAAAGAAUUUCACAUGGCUAUCCAGGCUAUUAUUUCAUGUUUUCCCAAUGUGUUUAUAGCAAGUAAAUUAGAAAGUGUGCUGUAUGCCUCGUGGAGCCGAGUGCAGGCUGAUCUUAACUGCAUGACAGAUCUGCUUCAGUCACCCAUCAAGUGGAGGUACCUGCUCAACACCUGUGGGACAGACUUCCCCAUCAAAACUAAUGGAGAGAUUGUAAAGGCACUGAAGGCCCUCAAUGGAAGAAACAGUAUGGAGACUGAGGACACAGUGGGCUUUAAGAAAAUGCGCUGGCAAUAUCACCACAAUGUCUCAGACACUAUCAUCAGGACGGACAUAAAGAAAAGUCCUCCUCCUAUAAGCGUCCCAAUGUUCUCAGGAAAUGCCUACUUUGUGGUCACCAGAGACUUUGUGAAACAUGUGAUGCAGGACAGAAAAAUCCAGACUUUUAUGGAGUGGGAGAAGGACACGUACAGCCCUGAUGAGCACAUGUGGGCCACUCUGCAGAGGAUGCCCUCUGUUCCCGGGUCAGUUCCUACCAACAUUAAGUACGAUGUGUCAGACAUGCAAGCUAUUGCUCGUGUGGUGAAGUGGAGUUUUCUAGCAGGCGAUGUAAGAAAUGGAGCCCCAUACCCUCAUUGCACUGGGACUUACAGACGAGCGAUUUGUGUAUAUGGAGCUGGCGACCUCUGGUGGCUCCUGAAACAACAGCACCUAUUUGCCAAUAAGUUUGAUCCCACAGUCGAUGAUAUUGCCAUUCGAUGUAUGGAGACAAUUUUACGUCUUAAAGCCUUGGGUAAUGAUCCGUUGCAAAAAGAUCAAUUUUCUGUUAUUCUGUAAUGCUCAUAAUCAUUUGCACUGUUAUGGUAAUACUCCACAGUUAAUGCAGAUAACUAAGCAUAUUAGAAAUGUACGCAUUUAUUUAUUAUCAAAAUAUCAUUUGAUAUGUAUAUAUACAUAUAUACAUGUAUGUAUAUAUAUAUAUAUGUUACAUUUGAAUCCUGUCUAAACACCUUGUCACUAAAAGGUUGUGGAGCUGUUAUAUAAUCAUCUUUCUUGUCACUACAGCAAAACUGGCACUUUAUUAAACUAUUAUAUAUAUCUAAAUAAAUGUAUGCCUAUUUUCUAUAUGUCUGACUGCUUACUGCAAAACUGUCCAGCAGUUCCUUUGACAGGCUUCAAACUCGGCGGGUGACUUAUUGAGGACACCACUGUGUGCAUUGGGGAACAAAAUGGCUAUGUUUUUCUGAAUUAAUUUGAUUAAUUUUCCUGAAUGGCCACACGCUCUAUAUAUGUGCACUAUACUGGGUGUAGCUGACACUAGUAAAAUCACUUGUCAUUGUUUAGUUGAAUUUAACAUUGAUUUAACGAGACCUGGGAUUAAUAUAGAGGCUAUGUAACAAAAAUAAUAAGCUCAUAAGAAUAAGCAAAAGUGUGUGAGAGAGACAUGAUCACCUCAAUAAAUCAUUACAUUUGGAGUGG